CCUGCAGAAACACCCCAAGAUGUUACUCUCCCUGCUGGUCCUCUGUGGCACCUCUCUGACCCUGUCCUUGGCCCAAGGAGACGAGGCAGGCAGUCCUGAUGCCAGGCCUCCUCAGCCAGGGAACAUGCUGGGUGCCCGGACUCCCAUGUCCACCACACACCCAGAGGUGAAGAAGGCUGCCCAGUAUGCUGUGGAAACCUUCAACAGGGGUCACAACAGCAUAUACUAUUUCCGAGACUCCAAAAUCAUCAAAGCUGAGAAGCAGCUCGUGUCCGGCAUCAAAUACUACCUGACCAUGGAGAUGGGAAGCACGGAAUGUCGGAAGGACUCGGUGGCUCUCGAGGCAGGGAGCUUGGCCGGCUGCCCCUUUUCCACAGAAGGGGAGAAACUACAGUGUCAGUUUGAAGUCCUGGUGGUUCCCUGGACAAAUGAGACCAGCGUUCAGAAGUUUUCAUGUUCAGCCAUCUAAGGCGGCCCUGGCUUGUCCCAGCACAGAUGGGCCUGCUCUUCAGAG